AUGGAGUUUGAGGAACAGGAAGACAUCAAUGGAAUUCGUUUGGCAUGGAACACGUUCCCUUCGACAAAAGCUGAACUGAACAAGAUUGUCGUCCCCACUGGCGUCUUGUACACGCCUUUAAAGUACAGAGAGGACUUGCCAGUGGCAGCGUACGACCCCGUGGUUUGUCACCAAACAUCGUGUCGAGGGUUCUUGAACCCAUUUGCCAAGUAUGAUGUCAACGGAGUGUGGAUAUGUCCCCUUUGCGGCACUAGAAAUCCCUUACCUCCACAUUACCAAGGAAUCAGUGCCGAGCAUAUGCCUCUCGAACUAAACCCAGCUUCCACUACCAUGGAGUACAUCACCUCCAAGCCAGUACAACAUCCACCAAUCUUUUUGUAUGUGGUCGACUUGUGCCAGGAUGAAGACAACCUAAAUGCCUUGAAGGAGACCUUGAUCGCGUCUCUUUCUUAUCUUCCACCUAACGCCCUCAUAGGCUUGAUCACUUAUGGCCAAAUGGUCCAAGUGUAUGACUUGGGUACGGGCAUCAUCAAUAAAUCCUACAUCUUCCAAGGUAACAAGGAGUACACUGAAAGACAAGUGGCGGACAUGUUGAAUAAACCAGUGCUUGCUCAACCAGGACAGCCUUCCAUGCAAAAUUCAUUGCAGCGAUUCUUCUUGCCGGUCGAGGAAAUUGAACCCCAGUUCUGCGAUCUCAUCGAUAGAUUGACCACCGAUCCUUGGCCAGUGGCCCAUGGUGAAAGGCCCACUCGUGCUACUGGGUCUGCAAUCAACGUGGCCACCUGCUUGCUUGGUAAUACGUUCUCCGGCUUCGGCGCAAGGAUAUUUUUGUUUUCUGCCGGUGCGUCUACAAGGAAUCCAGGUAUGAUUGUCGGGAAGAAAUUGAGCGAGAACAUCAGAUCUCAUUCCGAUAUCGAUAAGGAUAACGCAAAGCACUACAAAAAGGCGGUCAAGUUUUAUGAAGGGGUGGCCGCCAAAGCUGUUAAGCACGGCCAUGUCAUUGACUUGUUCGGUGGUUGUUUAGAUCAAGUCGGAUUCCUGGAGAUGAAGUCGAUGUGCUCCAAGACCGGAGGUGUCUUGUUAUUGUCUGAUGCAUUCACCACAUCCAUUUUCAAGCAGUCAUUCCUCAAGCUCUUCAAUAAAGACCAAAAUGACUUCCUACUUAUGGGGUUUAAUGGGACGUUAGAGAUCAAGUGUUCUAGAGAAUUGAAAGUCAGUGGUUUGAUUGGACACGCGUCAUCAUUGAAGGCAAAAACUCACUAUGUCUCAGAGACCGAGUUGGGUAUUGGUGGCACAAACAAGUACAAAAUGUGCGCCAUUUCUCCACAGACCACUCAUGCAAUUUUUUUCGAUGUGGUCAACAAUCUGCCAUUGCCUAAUGAAGCUCAAGCUUACAUGCAAUUCAUCACCACAUAUCAGCAUGCCUCAGGUACUUAUAGGGUAAGGGUUACCACAGUGGCAACAAUCUUAACACCAGAUGAGCAGCUUUUGGCCCAAUCGUUUGACCAGGAUGCUGCUGCAGUGUUGAUGUCUCGUAUCACCUUGUUCAAGUCUGAGCAGGACGAUGGAGCCGAUGUUUUGAGGUGGAUUGACCGAAUGUUGAUCAAGUUGUGUCAAAAGUUUGCCGACUACAGAAAGGAUGAUGAAACAUCGUUUAGGUUGCAUCCACAAUUCUCAUUUUUUCCUGGUUUUAUCUAUUACUUGAGAAGAUCUCAGUUUUUGCAGGUGUUCAACAACUCGCCUGAUGAGACAGCCUUCUAUAGACAUGUUUUCUUGACAGAAAACUGCGGUAAUUCGUUGAUCAUGAUCCAGCCAACAUUAACAUCGUUCGGCCUCGAUAUUGAAGAGCCCGAGCCUGUCUUGUUGGAUUCUGUUUCACUUAGGAAUGACAGAAUCUUGCUCUUGGAUACUUUCUUCCACAUUUUGAUUUACCAUGGACGCACAAUCAUGCAGUGGCGAAAAGAGGGUUAUCAGAACUUAGAGGAACAUGCCGAUUUUAAAGCAUUGUUGGAAGAGCCUAAGCUUGAAGCGGGAGAUUUGUUGAUUGAUAGGUUUCCAUUACCGAGAUUCAUUGAUACUCAAGAAGGUGGAUCGCAAGCUAGGUUCUUGAUGUCUAAGUUGAAUCCAAGUACGUCAUAUAAUUCUGAGCAAAUCAGUAACGGAGCAAUUGUCUUGACUGAUGAUGUUUCCUUACAGGUUUUCAUGUCGCACUUGCAGAAGUUGGUUGUGUCUGGGUCCAAUUGA